AUGAUUAUUUUAUUAUUAAUCUUAAUACCUACACUAUUAUCAGAUAACAUCUAAUUAGCCAGAGUUCAGUAUUGCGGUUGUGGAGUUGCUCUUAUACAAUCCUUAUGCAUCUAAUUGGAUGAUUGUAGAUGGCAGAAUUACACAUGUGUUAACAUUACAGGUGUCCCCUAAACAAUUGUAGUCACACCCAAUAAUACAAAUACCAAUAACAACUCUACUGAUAAUAAUAGCACCGCUGGCAAUAAGACAAACACUACAUAAAAUGAAUAUGAUUUUACUGAUCCUGAUUUUGACUAUGAUUCCGUAGCUGUAACACAUAAACAAUAUGAAAUACCUGAUAUCGUUGAUGAAGAAGGAAAUACAGAUGAAGGUACAGAUUCAGGUUCUGGUACUGAUUCAGGUUCUGGUACAGAUUCUGGUUCUGGUACAGAUUCUGGUUCUGGUUCUGGUACUGAUUCAGGUUCGGGUACUGAUUCCGGUUCAGGUACAGAUUCAGGUUCGGGUACAGAUUCAGGCACAGAUACAGGAACUGAUUCAGGCACAGAUUCAGGAACUGAUUCAGGCACAGAUACAGGUACAGAUUCAGGCACAGAUACAGGUACUGAUUCAGGAACAGAUACAGGUACUGAUUCAGGAACAGAUACAAAUACUAAUAACACAAAUACUAACAACACAAAUACAAAUACAACAUAAACUUAUACUUAAGCUACAUCCAUCACAUACACUAAGACAUAUAUUAAUAAAACAUUUAAUGAUAAAAUAACAUGUAGUUAAUAAAGUGAUGAAGCUGGAUGUAAUAGUAAAAGAUGGCCUGAUUAAAUAUUUUGUAUAUGGAAAAACAGUACAUGUAUUUCAGGAUCCUGCACUGAUUUAGAUUUACUAGAAUGCGAAAAAACAUUCUUCUGUGUUAAUUUUGGCUACUGCUAAUCUUGCAAAGCAAUAGAAGUAUAUGCAAAACCACUUUUAGCCUCGAUAUUAAUAAUAGUAUUUCUAAUAUCCUGA